AUGUCGGUGCUGAAAGACCACUACUAUAAGUUGGGCUCGGAAGUUGCCGGAGAGCGUAUUGAAGCAGCCUCAGCGUUGUUAUCGGAGCUUGUUAAGGUCGACAAAACUGACGACUAUGAUUAUGCUCUUCAACGUCUCAUCACUGGUUUGACGACCUCUAGACAAUCGGCUAGAUUUGGCUUUUCCAUGGCCUUGACUGAGCUCAUUAGGGAGCUUAUUUUGAAAGAUUCCUACGAGUUGACUGUCCAGAGCUAUUUGGACAAAUUGGUAAAGGCUACUCAGGUGACAUCCGCCAUGAAGGGAAAAGAGACCAGAUCAGUGCUUUUCGGUAGACUCUUUGGAUUACAGGCUUUGGUCAACUCUGAAAUCUUGCUCAAUUCCGAAGUUUCGAACCAGGAGCUUUUGGUGCUGUUCGUGCAACAGAUCGUACAGUUGUCUGCCACCAAGUCUUGGUUGAGAGAAACUGCCAUGUUCACCCUCUGUCAGUUCCUCACUCUUUUCAUGAAGUCCUCUUUUUUCGAUGAAUCGACGCUUGUGAUGUUCUUGCAGAGUGUCAGCGACGAAGGCUUGACCUUCACCGUUGAGGGCCUUGCAGUUCAUUUGACGAUUCCUCAACCCUUGAGAUCUAGAGUGUCCUCGCAGGUGACAGCCACCAACAACUGGAAAAACUUCGACCCAAUGUCCAAGGGAAAUGUUCCAACGUUGGCGAAAGUGUUGAAGGACGUGGAUGCCGUGAACGAUGGUGAGAAGAGCGAGGAAGACAAGAAAUCCAAGAACUCCAAGCAGAAGAGCACAUGGUCACCCAAAAUUCCCUUCGUAUGGGAACUCAUUUUGAAAUAUUUCCAGGAAGACAAUGAGGACGAUAUUGAUGCGGAAAUCCAAGUUGCAUCAAAGAAGAGAAAGAAAUCAGCUUCUUCCACACCAAAAAAGAAAGCUAAGGCAGACAAGUCGGAAAGAUUGUUAUUGAAAGAAUUCUGGAAGGUUGUGGUGGACGAAACCAUGUUUUCAGAUAAAUCGUCCGUUGAGCGCAAGUUUUGGGGUUUCGAUAUUUUUAAUCUUUUCAUCGAGAAAUUGCCCGCUUCCUUGGUGCUGGACUUGUUCACUCCAAACUUAAUGAGAUGCUUGAUCAACCAAUCAGCAAAGUCUGACAGACUUCUUAAUAAGGUUUCUACCAAGUUGCUCAAUUUAAUAAUUCAGAUUUCUCAAAGAGAUCUCUCGAAGGUUCCUCCAAUGCUCACAUCAAUUCUCAACGAGGAUAAUGGAGGAUGCUGGAACUUUGACUCCUUGACCAAGUCUAAGGUAACUGACUCUCUCAUCAGUGUACUCAGUUACGUGGAUAACGUGAGUGAUAUUUCCGAUAGCGACGUUGAUCGCACUGUCACCACUAUCGAAGAUAUUUUGAUUACCGAGUUCAACAAAGCCUUAGAAGGGCAGAAGGAAACUACAGAAGAGAUUGUUCACAAGAAGUCUAACGAUAACAUCCUCAAAUGGGUUAUGGACAAGUUGCUCUUGUUGUUGAGGAGCACCAAGAGAUUCAAGACUAACAAGACGAAGAUGUUGGACGAUAUUUUCAAGUUUUUGAUCCGAUACUCAUUUUUCAAGUCGGAGAAAGGUCAACAGGUCUCCACUAAUGUGGUGAAACUUGCGCAGGAUAGACUCAACUCGUAUUUAUCGGAAGUCAUCUCCCAGAAGAGAAAGGACCAUUCUUGGUCGCUAUACUGCGUCAAACAGAUUGAAAAGUUCGAGAAAAAAGAUGACUAUGAACUCGUUCUUGAGUUAGACGGUGAUUUAGCUGCCAUUAAAGACGAGACCUUGCAAAUGCUUGAAACCAUCAAGGAUAUGAUGAAGAGAGAUGAGUCCAGCAUUGACCAGCAGUAUUGUUUUGAAUUGCUCUUUUCCAUGGUGUUGAUCCAGUUGUAUAUGGGUGAGUCCGAGACUGUUGGAGUACUUGAAGAAAUUAAGACAUGUUAUGCUGAUUCCUUCAGUAAAUCUGAUGAGGAGGAGGAAGUCGAGACGUCUGUGAUUCUCACGGAAAUCAUUCUCUCUUUCAUCUCCAGAAAAUCUACACUUUUGAAAAAGCUUUCAACCAUUGUGUGGGAAUCCUUCUUGUGUGCCAAGGGCACAGACAGCCAUAUCAACUUGAACGACAAAUGUUUCAAGCUUCUAUUCGAUAUCUUGAAGACGAAAGAAAACGAAGAGGGCCAGAAAGCAUUGUUCGAAGGUGAGGAAGAGUACGGUGUGGAUGAAGAAAGCGACGAUGAGGAAGUUGAGGAAGAAGAGACCGACGAAACAAACAAAAACACGCCCAGUGACAUGGAUAGUGGCAACGAUAGCGACGCAGAUGGGGAAAUUGAUAGUGAUGACGAAAUGGACGUUCUGACCAACGUGGAUAAAGAGACCAGCAUCAAAUUGGCAAAAGCACUUGGAAUUCCUACCGAAUAUAACGGCGAGGUUAAGUUUGAUGAAAUCGAUGACUUUGGAGAAGACGACGACGACUUCGAGUCGGACUCCAUGGACGAUGAACAGAUGAUGGCCAUGGACGAUGAACUUUCGAGAAUCUUCAAAGAGAGACAUGACAUUCUCACUGCCAACAACGCUAACAAAAAGAAGGCCGAGAUGGUACAAGCCAAAGAGCAGAUUCUUUUGUUCAAGAACAGAAUUCUCGACUUGCUCGAAUCCUUUUCGAAAACGCAGCCAAACUCUCUCUACAAUAUCCAAUUCAUUCGUCCCAUCAUAACACUCAUCAAUACCACCACAGACAAAAACUUGGGCACCAAGGCACACAAGCUACUCAAGACUCGUAUCAGUAAGGUCAAGGCAUCGUCCGAAGACUUCGAGGGAUUUGCUCCAACGCAAGAGGAGAAGAAGGCAUACAUUGCCAGUUUACUUGAGAUAGUGGAAUGGCUCCAACAGCAGGCAGGCACUUAUUCCUCUAAUCAGGCCCAUUCAUUGGCAUGCAGCCAGUCAUGUAUUAUUGUGUCCAAGACGAUUGUGUUGUUGGACUCCACUGCAUUGCCCUCGAUCAUCUCCGUGUAUUCUGGAGCACUUACGAAGUGGGCCACAGAGCCAAAGAACCGCAUACAAGCAUCAAUGUUCUUUGACUUCAUUAAUUGGCUCAAUGCAAAAAGAAGUCUCAACGCAUAA